UUGAUUCUUCGAUUUUUCACAGAGAGAGAGAGAGAUAUGGGGCUCAAGGUUUAUGGUCUUCCAAUGUCGACAAACACGGCACGUGUGAUAGCGUGCCUUAACGAGAAAGGGCUCGAGUAUGAGCUCGUGCCGGUUGAUCUCCGCACCGGCGCACAUAAGCAGCAACCCUUCAUCUCACUAAACCCGUUUGGACAACUCCCCGCGUUUCAGGAUGGAGAUCUGACCCUCUUCGAAUCGCGUGCAAUCACCAAAUACAUCGCGGAAAAAUACAAGGGAACGGGCCCGGAUCUGUUGAGACAGGGCAGCAUCACCGAAUCAGCGAUCGUGGGCGUGUGGUUGGAGGUAGAGGCCCAGCAAUUCGGUCCGCCCAUCGCGGACCUCGUUUUGGAGAUCCUCAUCAAACCGAUGCUUGGUGGGACCACGGACCCACAAGCGGUGGAGAUUCAUGCAGAGAAGCUGGCUAAAGUGCUUGAUGUGUACGAGGAGCGACUGACCAAGACCAAGUACAUCGCAGGAGAUCAUUUCACGUUAGUCGAUCUGCACCACUUGCCUUACACGUUCUGCCUCAUGAAUACUCCCAAGGCCUCUCUUAUCACGUGCCGCCCGCACGUGCUGGCAUGGUGGGAAGAUAUUUCGUCCAGGCCGGCUUGGAAGAAGACCGCUGAGGGUAUAAAGUAUGGACCGUGAGGGGAUUUUGAGUGGUUUUCCGGGGUAGAAAUGGAAUAAUAGAAUAAAGGGCUUGACUUGUUUAUGAAGAUAGUGUCAUUGUCCGUACGUGUGGGCUGGCUUCUCACGUGUGCACCCACACGUUUUGAUUUUAACGUUUUGUUGAACGUACAUCUAUUUGUGUGCUUCGUAAGUGGGAUUCUAGCA